AUGCAGUUUGUGGCGGAUGGCGUCUUCUACGCGGAGCUGAACGAGCUGCUGGUCCGCGAGUUGGCAGAGGAUGGGUACUCCGGCGUGGAGGUGCGCGUCACCCCCCUGCGCACUGAGAUCAUCAUCCGUGCCACCCGCACCCAGGGCGUGCUUGGCGUGAAGGGCCGCCGUAUCCGCGAGCUGACCAGCGUGGUCCAGAAGCGCUUCAAGUUCCCUGAGGGCGCGGUGGAGCUGUAUGCUGAGAAGGUGGCCAACCGCGGGCUGUGCGCCGUGGCCCAGGCCGAGUCCCUGCGCUACAAGCUGCUGGGCGGCCUGGCCGUGCGCCGCGCCUGCUACGGCGUGCUGCGCUUCGUCAUGGAGGCCGGCGCCAAGGGUUGCGAGGUCAUCGUCUCCGGCAAGCUGCGCGCGCAGCGCGCCAAGUCCAUGAAGUUCAAGGACGGGUACCAGGUGUCCAGCGGCAACCCUGUGCGGGAGUACAUCGACGCCGCGGUGCGGCACGUGCUGCUGCGCCAGGGCGUGCUGGGCAUCAAGGUGAAGAUCAUGCGCGAGUGGGACCCCACUGGAAAGGUCGGACCUCGCACACCGCUGCCCGACGUCGUCACCGUCCUCACGCCCAAGGAGGAGGAGGUGGCGGCGCUGCCCGCCCCCGUGGAGGCCUAG